AGCCCUCCAACCAGCAUAGCCGCCGUGCCUGCCGAUUCACUUCACACGCAUCUCACAGAGGAGGAAACAUGCCGCCGUCACAUUAAAAGUCACGCGUGACGAAAAGUACAGCGGGCGACACACGGCAGGAACCCUUCGUUGAAGAGAGGGAUCUUUCAAUCCGAAGCGUUUUUUGGGAGGAAAUUUUCUUGGCUCAGCCAUGGGCAGCAAGACUCUGCCAGCUCCAGUCCCUCUGCAUCCAUCACUCCAGCUGGCUAACUACUCCCUUCUCCAGAGCUCUGGAGGACUUCAGCUGCCAACAGACCACUUUCACAGCAUUUACAGCUUCAGCGCCCUGCAUGCCAUUCAGCUUCACCAAUGGACCCCGGGUUACCUACCAAUGGUCCUGCCUCACUGCGCCAUCUCAAAACUGCCUAUCCAAUUCUCCUCUAUGGCCUCCAUCCCUAUUUUCCCUCACCACCUGCAGCCAAAGCAUGACUCAACCGGUCGGAUUCAGAGCUCAAAGAACAAGCCUCGGUUUGACUUUGCCAACUUAGCCACAGCAGCCACUCAAGAAGAUCAUCUGAAGGCAGAAGACCUAAGUAUGUCAGGUGUUGCUGCUGCUGCUGCUGCUGCUGCUUCAUCCCACCAUUCAGAGUCAAAUAGCCUUGGUUGCCUCCUGGAUGUGACUAAGAUCCCCUACCCAGAGCGCAAGUCCAGUCGAGGCCGGUUGCCUUCAAAAACCAAAAAAGAGUUUGUCUGCAAAUUCUGUGGCCGUCGUUUUACGAAAUCCUACAAUCUGUUAAUCCACGAGAGGACACACACAGAUGAGCGGCCAUACACUUGUGAUAUCUGCCACAAAGCCUUCAGAAGGCAGGACCACCUCCGAGACCACAGGUACAUCCAUUCCAAAGAAAAGCCCUUCAAAUGUCAAGAAUGUGGGAAAGGCUUCUGUCAGUCCAGGACUUUGGCUGUCCACAAAACAUUACAUAUGCAAGUCAAGGAACUCAAACCAGCCAAGAUUAAGUGAAUCACCUUAUUUCAAGGGAAGGGACAGGGACACUGGAUAUAUUCUAUUAACUAUGAGCAAAUACAAUAAUAAUCAAGUACCAAAGACAUUUUUAAAAUCUCAGUUGUCGGUGGGAGCCCUCCAAUUUCUUCCAGUUAUGUGGGAAUGCUGCUCAAGGAUUAACAAUUUCACCAGCAAAGAUACAGAAAUAAGCCUUUGUGAAGAAGCGCGUGAAUAAUUGUAAGAGUUGUUUUGACAGAGACUCCAGAGGAUAUGUGGAAUGUGAAAUAGUAAUACAAUUUGAAAAAAAAAGGCUGUUCAUUCCAAACACUGUGCUGCAAAAACUUGUAAUCCAAAAACAAGGUCCCGCAAAUGCUUUGCAAGUGAGGGGAAUAUAAGCCAUUUUAGCAUUUUCCACCAUUUCAAUGUAACAUUCCAAUGUUAUUUUUUAUACGGAUGAAUUAUGUCAUAAAUGUAU